ACUCCCUCCCUCUUUACCGUGCUGCCAUGCAGCGGUGCGUCAGUGUGCCAGCAGUCAGCAGUCCUCGCAGAGCACAGAGCUGCUGAAGCUCACCGUCUGUCACACACAGAGAGACACAGAGAGACACAGAGAGAGAGGAUCUCCGCACCUUCACGGGAUUUGAAAGACAAAAAGAGUGGAUAAACUGAGCCAAGAAGGAGUCCACGCAGGUGAAGCGAGGACAAGGACGAGAUCUGCAUCUGCCCCAUCCGUCCAUCAACGAGCCAAGUGCCACGGUGCCGGCCGCCCUCAGGUCACCUCAACCACAUCGGGCGCCAAACAAUCAAAGUCUUGACCCGGCGUCCCUCAGACAGAAUUGCACAAAGCAAAUAUUUGAGGCCAUUAUAUCUCAUUUCUCCAGGCCGCCGUCACUGAAAAGAUCAACAGUGAAGGGUGUUGUUGGGAGACGGAAGGAGAGAAGAAAAAGUGGGGGAGGAAAAAGUAACCCUUUCAAAGUGCACCCUGCCUGCUAUUUCUGCUGCGGUGUGGGCAGGGAGCGUCUCAUUUGGGAGUGCUCUUGGCUGACAAGAAAAGGACUUCCCUGUGCCUGUCCAAAUGCCUGUGUAAAUACUGGAUAGAGAUAUCAAUUUGUCUGGGCUCUGACCUUACCCAACAAAGAGACUGGAAGCUAUCUAUAGAAAACGUUACAACAACCUUGGACUCUGUGGUCUCCUGAAUUGCUACCUUUCUAUUACCCUUCAAGAGCUGUGAGAACAGGAAUGAGAGCGGCCCACGUUUUCUACACUGCAGAUUUGAUGUCUUCCCCAGCUUACUGAAUCAACAUGAAGCCCCUAACGCCAAUUGGAUCCCCGUCUCCCCUGAGGCUCCUCAACAAGGGUCCAGACUACCUGCGCAGGCAGAUAGACGGUGGAGGCUACGGCCGCUCAAUCAGCGCCGUUGAGAGACUUGAGGCGGACAAAGCCAAAUAUGUUAAGAGCCAGCAGGUGAUCAACACCAAACAGGAGCCUGUGCUGGUGCCCUGUGCCACCCCACCACCACAGCCUCGGCGAGCUAUAUCCAUCCCCGGCAGCCUGACGCCUCGUCUUCCUCCACGCCGUUCGUCCAACACCCCCUUCUCUACCCUUUCUGGUUCAUUCACCUCAAGAGAUGAGAAUGAAAAUGAGGACUCUAGAAAGGAGAACAGACGGACUUCUGUUGACGUUGAGGCGCAUAACAGGAGCAAUGUGAUCAAAGCACUGCCUCCCAACCCUAGGACGCCUCCUGGCAUCAACGCCUUGGUAGCGCCGCACAGCGCCCCCGUGCUCAGGAGAAGCACGGGCAAACGCAUGCUGAGGCCAGACUCCCUCGUCAUUUACAGGCAGAAGAAAGAGUGUAAGAGCCCCGGCAGUGCAGCAGAGAACAAUAACACGGAAUUGAAGGGCUACAGUUUUGUCCGCCGCCUCUUCCAGGGCUCCAUGAGGGAGAAGGGUAGCGGAUGUGAAGGCAGGAUCCAGAAGAUGGUGAUCGGUGAAGAGAAAGCGCCAUCGCGGGAUGGAGACUCCCGCAUGUCUUGGAACAAUGACAAAGACGCUACGGACGGAGGACCAGGGAGCAGGAGGUCUAGUAAAACUGACCAAGAACGCAGCCCAGGGUCGAUCCCCAGCCCUGGGUUUAGCUGUACACUUGAACGGACUAAGAAUGGAUUUACAAAUGGUACCACUGAUGGUAUCGCCAACGGCAACCACUCAAGUAACCACGAUGAUGAGAAUGACCCAUGGAAGCGGGCGUCUCCCCCACCAGUACCCAGAAGGCAGUCCGGGGAGUUGCGGCGCUCCAAGUCCGACCUGCGUCUGCGCUGCUCAGUAGCGCUAUCAGAGCAGGAGCAUUUCUUUGACUUCUGCGGGCUGGACGUAGACAUGGUUGAGCGUCUGGGCCGAGCGAAAUUCCUCUCUGGUGCCAGCUCCAUAGACACGCUUUCGUUGGCCCUCCGUAGUGUAGGCGGGGAUGGCUGCGGUGGCUCAGAGCCCAGCGAGUUCUCCCAGCACUCGGGAGAUGGGCUGUUCCAAGAGGAGCUGGCCGAGCAGCUUCCCACUGGUGUGUCAAUCAUUGAGAGGAAUGCUCGCGUCAUCAAGUGGCUUUACGGGUGUAAGAACGCUGCUCGAGAGGGACCCAAAGAGUCUACUGUUUAGUACAGGGAACCAUGUGCCGUGGAGUGCCGAGAGUCUGAAGGUGUUCUCUCUAAUAGGGUUGGGGCGAUACGUUAAAAAUUUUCCAGCCGACCAUCGUCAGCCCAACAAUCCGUGAUUGCCAAUAUACUCACACAGUGUGUGCGGCAUGGGGCGAACCUCCUCUCCCCCUCCCCCACUGCUGUAGUUUCAGCUUGGAGACCAGCUGUUCUUGUGGCGGAGCAAGCACACACUUCAUUCAAGCUUGACAGAAACAAAAUAAAACUCACCAAGAUCCUCUUGGUUAGUCUUUCCAACAAUCACCAACUCUGGUUUGGUCAAAAUAAAUCUGAGUUAGAUAUGAAAAUAUGCCGGCUCUACGCGCUAUUUUUCCCCACGAUUAAAUUAGCAAAUUAAAAUGACAAACAUUGCCCAAAGAAUCAGCCAAAAAAAACAGAACAACCGGCGAUGUACUCGACAAUCGACAAUAACCGAUAUAGUCGUCUAAUCGCCCAACCCUACUCUCUAACGAAAGAAGAGUUUGCUGGUUUCUUUUCUGAUAAAAAAAAAAGUAAAAGCCAAGGCAUUCAUGUAUCCUAUCUCAGAGGGAAGGUGCAGGCCUUUACCCUUUGUGCAGAAAUUUACUGGUGCACUACAGACGAAAAGACUUCGAAAAGCAUUGAACCAUCACUGAGUUUCACUUGAAUUUCAACAGCAACAUUCAGUAUGGGCUGUGAUCAGCUAGCAGCAUUGCCACAAUGCAUCAUAGAAGGAAAACAUAAAACUUGUUUCUGUUUUUGAGCAGCUAUGCAUGUCAAAGCAUCUAACAAAAUAUGAUUUUUCUUUAAAUUUCAAACAAAUGUCUCUGACUUAGGGUUUGUUUCAGCCGCUAAUGUCUGCACGUAGGGUUGGCACUCCAUGGCACACGAUUACCUAUACUCCCUUGUUCCAAAGAGACGGUUUCUUCAAAUGAGAGGACAACAACUGCUACUAGUUAUCUCCGGUCGAAUUGAUAUAUUGUAUUUAUAUAUUUGAUGGACGUAUUGUGUGACAGAACUUUACUGGUGAAUGGACUAUUUCUCCCAGUGUGUGUGGCUGUGUGGAGUAGACGUUGCUGUCCUCUCCAUUUGUAGUGCAUUUUCAGUAAACUGAUCUGAAAUCAGCCCCCCAUGACCCCUCACAAGGCACAUGAGUGUAUCUUUGUCACGAUACAGUGGACACAGUUUAUUGUCCUUGACACCAAACACUCUCCCCCUAAUGAUUAAAUUAAAAUGGAAAACCACUAAGCUAUGUUUUUUUUCUAAACUGGAAAACUGUUGUGUGAGUGUGAAGUGAACCAUGAGUACCUCAUUCGGAUCUGUCCCAGUUUAGUUUGUGUGUUGCUUUUUUUUUUUUACUCCUUAAAACGCAGGCGUUGGAACAAACAUGCGAGGCACCCCUGUGGGGUUGUUAAUGCACUGAACUGGACAGAGAGGGAGGAAAUGGAAAUAGAGAUAUAGCUUGGACUCUUUACAGGGAUUCAUCUCAUAUAUGAUGUUAAAACACUGAGCUGGAUUCAAAGGAGCACCUGCAUCGUGGAAGACCAGGAGCGGGUCAUUUUCAUCAUUUUCAUGUCAUUUUCUAAACCCGAAAGAGGGUCGAAUCUCACGCAGUAUAAACACUGUCCAAUAAUCACUUGUGACACACAGUCAUUGAUUGCCACAGCUAAUGCUUCAUGUGUGUUUAGUGCUCACAGCUGUGUAAGCUAUGUGGUGCAACUGGGAAAGGAACUGGACUUUUGCAAGCAAAUGUAAGCACAAUGAGAAUUUAAAUCUCACAAAUGAAGUUUCAAAAAUGAAGAAUAUUUCAUGAAAAUAAUAUAUUCACCUCCAAAAGUAAAAGGAGCUUGAGUUGUCAAACUCUCACUGGGAAAUGUUUUAGGAUGUCACUUUUACCAUCUGGCAGUUUACAGAUGUUUAACCUUCCCAGCUGGCUCAGUCAGCCUGUUUCCCAUCAAAACAGGCAGGGGAGGCUUCCUCUGAUAACCACAGAUCCUACCUCACUUCAUCCAUCCUUCAGUGAUUCUCACUUUAUCUCCAUGAAAGGUCAUUUCCAUUGCUUGGCCUGGAGGAUGCCACUGAAAUAUGAACUGGGGGUCUGCCGAGGUAUGCGGAGGUUAGACUGAGAGGCGUUCUGGGAUGAGAAUUACUGAACCCAAGGGCACGAUAUAUUACUACAUGUGAUAAAUUAACACAAUUACUUGCAGCUUUGAUAUGUUUGAUUUUCUGUACUCAUCAUCAGCAUGGCACACUCCUUAAAUCCCUUCAACCAGGACUUUUAUUUUUGUGUUUAUAUCUCCCUGUUGAAAACCAUUUGGUUGCAUGUUUACAAAGUGGCUCUAUGAAAUUCUGAAUCUCUUUUUUUUAUUUGAUAUAUAUAUAUGAGAGAUUUAGUUUUUAAUUCCAAAGAGGUUUGUGUAUGAUGUACACAGCAAAUAAACACAAAGAAUGAAA